CUUUCUUUUUCUGAAAAAACAAAAAUUGCCUUUCAUAAAAGCUUUGCUUAAGCGUCAAAAGCUCAAAACACAGACCAAGAAACAAACCCAUCAAUGGCGGUCUCUGAGCACUCCAAAGAAUACCCAUUUGUAGAAGAGGAGGAAGAAUACAGUGAAAGUGAAGGGUCUCACUCAGAUCAAGAUUCUGAUGACUCGGAUAGAGACCCAAGUUACACUAUUCUUGAAAAAACCAGUGCCAAGUUCUCUAACCUCUCAAUAAAAAACAACAUAAAAUCAAAGGCUCGGAUUGUUGAAGAUAAUGAUAUGGAUUGUGAAGGAGAUUCAAGUGAGGUGGAAGUGGUAGUGCCAGAACUUGAUGAGAAAGAUAAGAAAAGCUAUGAGGAAGUGCAAAAGAUCAUUGAAGCUGGCCAGCUAGAGAAACUGAAAUUGGACCAGUGUAAGGUUUAUUUGAGGAAGAAUGGACUGAGAUUGACCGGCAACAAGGAUACACUCAUUCAGCGCAUUAAGGAGCAUCUAGAGAUUUUAAAUGGUGGAGGGGAGAACAAAUACCCUGCCUCUAGCUUUGUGUUGAAUUGUAAAGGUGAUGCAUGCACUGGUGAUGUUGUUAUGUUUGAGCAAAAUGUUUAUGAAAUGUUCAAUAUAGCAUCCCGAAGUGCCAGUGGUCCUCCUUGUGGCAAAAGGAUUGUUGCAGGCCGCAUUGUGAAAGAAAGCUAUGGUGCUGCCAAGCAACAGCAUACCUUUACUAUUGAAGUACUCUGGAGCAAGGGGGAGAAACCACUCCCACCACUUCAUCCCCUCCUAAUUAAGGGUCGAAACCUUUACCGACUAAAGACUUUGAGACAGAGAUGGGAAGAUGAAGGGAAGAGGCAGAAAGUUUUGAUGGAAAAGCACUCCAGGGGGUUUGUUGCAAGGUCUGAUAGAGAAUCACGGAUCCAAGAGAAGGAAAAUAAGAAAAUGCGGAUCCCAAAAAAGGAGACAAAUAGAAACCAAUCUCAAUUCAAUUCAGUCUCAACUGCAAAAUCUGCAAUCCAACCACCACAGUCAGAUUUAUUGGUCAAUUCAAGGAAACCAACAUUUCAACCUUCACAGUCAGGCCAAAAUUAUAAUUCAGAAAAAUCAGGAUUUGGACCUCUUAAGAUGGAUCCAUCUGUUAAUUCAGGAAAACCAGCAAAUUCUCAGCAACAGUUUGUUGCAUUCCUUGAUUCAGGGAAACUAGACAUGAGGCCUCAGCAGUUGGGAUCAUUCACUCAUUUAGGAAGGCCAACUGAGCAAACUCGAGUAGCUUUAUUCUCUGAACCAAGAAAAGCAGCAACUCAGCCACAGCAGCAAACUAAUACAACAAAAAGUGACUAUCACCGUCAGCAACCUUCUCAGAGCUUUGUUGAGUCAAUGCAUGCAAGUAAUAUAGAAAGAAUGUACAGUGGCCAUCAAGCUUACAUUCAAAGCAACAACUAUCAAGCUCAUAGCGACAAAUAUCCAAAUACUUAUGGGACAAGAGGGUUAUCAGAUGGGACUUAUAAUGGACAGCCAUUGACAAGCAUGAAUCACUUUCCACCAAGGAGCCCACCACCAUUGACAAGCACGAACCACUUUCCACCAAUGAGUCCACCACGGAGGCAAGGCCAUAUGCAACAACAGCUAUGCAGAUACUAUGCUCAAGGGAGGUGCCAUUUUGGAGAUAAAUGCAAGUUUUUGCAUGAACGAAGAAGAGAAUAUGGCCAGAGGAGGGAAGAUAGGUGGCCUUGUGACCAGAGAAAUUUAAGAAGGUGACCAGAGAAAUUUUGGAAUGUGGCGUACCGACACAUUUUAAAUUCAAACAACACUGGUUUCAAUCCUGAUGGAGUUUGGUGAAAGUUUACAUAGAUUGUGUUCAGUGGUGGUACAUGGGUUCUAAGAAGGAGGGCGGUGCCCUGAAUCAAUCAAAAAGCUUAUUGAUUUGAUUUGCCAAGUUUUGUUCAAUGCAUUUUGAACCAGUGACAAUUUAGUCUACACACUUUCAAUUACGACGUUUCAAUGAAAAUGUUGAAAAGAUUUUGUA